AUGAUAAUCGACAUUGAAGAUAAAGAAAUUGAUGAAAAACGUGAAAUUCCAAUAUACCCUCUUCUCUAACCAGAGCAAAAUAUAAUAGAAGUUAGAAAUGUUCAUAAAACCUACUUAUUGGGAUUAGAGGGUGUUACUGCAUUAAGAGGUGUAUCUUUUAAUGUGCAGGAAAGAGAAUUCAUAACUAUCUUAGGUACUUCUGGGUGUGGCAAGACUACUCUACUUAAUUUAUUAGGUAGUAUAGAUUUACCAACAAAAGGCGAUGUGAGAAUUUGUGGUCAGAGAAUUAGGGCCUCUACAGAAGAUAAAUUCCUUGCUUCACUAAGAUUAUCUUCUUUGGGAUUCGUUUUCUAAACUUUCAAUCUUAUAUCAUCAUUGACAGCAUAAGAGAAUGUGGAAUUGCCUAUGAUUCUCAAAGGGACAUUGAGUAAAAACGAAAUUAAAAAUAAUGCUCGGAUGUUAUUAGAAUAAGUAGGUUUGGGCACUCGAUUGAAUCAUUACCCAAAUCAAUUGUCAGGAGGAGAAUAACAAAGAGUUACAAUAGCAAGAGCAUUAGCUAAUAAUCCAUCCAUCUUAUUGUUGGAUGAGCCAACUGGAGAUCUUGACACAAAGAAUUCAGAUUUGAUAAUGAAGAUUAUCAUUGAUUUGAAUAUCGAAAAGGGUAUUACCAUCAUAAUGGUUACGCAUGAUACUAAUUUAAAAAACUAUUCCUCAAGGACAAUCAGAAUGCUUGAUGGCAAAGUAGCUAAUGAUGAAAAAAAUGACGAGCAGAAUAGAAGAAAACAUAUUGAUGAUUUGGCUAAAGUGGUGAGAUAAUAUCAAGACAUCAAUUUUGGUGUACGCGCAGGAACUGUUGAUGAAAAUAGACAAAAUGGAUCCAAAACAGAAAAGAGAUAGCCCAAAAAUUACAAAGUCUUGAACCACCUUUAUAUUUCAAAUAGUGCAUCAAAUAAUAGAUAGGAUUUUAAUCCAUAAAUUUAGUAAUUCAACACACCUGUUCAAACAUAAAAUCCAAAUCUAUUUAUCUAAAACAAAGAUUCGAUCUAAGAAUGAAAUUUUAGUUUUAGUAUAUUUUAUAUUCAACUCUAGAAAUAAUUCA